UAGUUAUGGCAACAAAUAAUGCUAACCAAGUGGUACUGACUGAUGAAGAAGAAGGCUUCUCUGGUGGGAAUAAGGUCCAACCCUUUUCACUAACCACACCAAGGAAUGAGCCAUGGGAAAUUGAUCAUGAAAAGAAAAAUAAAUCUCUUACUUUGGGAGAAAGGUUGGGUUUGGAGGAUCUUUAUUCCUUAAAUGUUUGGCGGGCGUCCGUGGGAGAGUUACUUGGGACAGCGGUUCUAGUGUUCAUGAUAGAUACUAUAGUCAUUUCAUCAUUUGAUUCAAAAAUUGAAACACCUACCCUUUUAUUAUCAAUACUUGUUGCCAUCACCAUCACUAUCCUUCUCAUCGCGGUUUUCCCUAUCUCGGGGGGCCACAUGAACCCUGUCAUAUCAUUUUCAGCCGCUCUUGUGGGACUCAUUUCGCUUUCUCGUGCAUUUAUCUACAUAGUUGCACAAUGUGUUGGUGGUCUACUAGGGGCACUAGCACUACAAGCUGUUGUGAGUAAAGAAAUUUCUCAAGGUUUUUCACUUGGAGGGUGUACCCUCACAAUUAUUGCACCUGGCCCAAACGGGCCAGUUGUUUCAGGGAUUGAAACAAGCCAAGCUUUUUGGCUUGAGAUUAUAUGUACAUUCAUCUUUCUUUUUGCUUCAAUUUGGUUAGCUUAUGAUCAUCGACAAGCCAAGGCUUUAGGCCACAUUGUGGUGCUUUCAAUCGUCGGAAUCAUUUUGGGGCUUCUCGUCUUCAUUUCAACAAGUUUAACAGGAAAAAAAGGAUAUGCUGGGGCAGGAAUGAAUCCAGCAAGAUGUUUGGGACCAGCCAUGAUUAGAGGAGGUCAUUUAUGGCAUGGUCAUUGGGUUUUUUGGGUUGGUCCUAGUAUUGCUUGCAUGGCUUUUUACAUUUACACGAAGAUCAUUCCAAGUAAUCAUUUCCAUGCUAAUGGUUUCAGGCAUGAUUUCUUCAAUGUAUUGAGAGCAUUGGCUUGACUCAAUAUAUUUAUAUAUGCUGCAAAAUAAAAUGUAGAUAUAGAUAUAAAUUCUAAGGAUUUCUAGGUACUGUUGUGUGGUCGAUCAAUUUUUUUCUCCCUUUCUAGCUUUAAGUCGUGAUUGUUUGAAGUUAUGUAAUACCAUAGUAUGCAAUUUGUAAAAUUCAAGAAAAGUUGAUUUUUCUAAUUAA